AUGAAGAGCGAUCCGUCCACUACGGGGACAGCGCUUGAUGAAGAGCGAUCCGUCGCCAAUACGGGGACAGCGCUUGAUGAAGAGCGAUCCGUCGCCAAUACGGGGACAGCGCUUGAUGAAGAGCGAUCCGUCGCCACUAGGGUAUCAGCGCUUGAUGAAGAGCGAUCCGUCGCCAAUACGGGGACAGCGCUUGAUGAAGAGCGAUCCGUCGCCAAUACGGGGACAGCGCUUGAUGAAGAGCGAUCCGUCGCCAAUACGGGGACAGCGCUUGAUGAAGAGCGAUCCGUCGCCAAUACGGGAGAACAGCGCUUGAUGAAGAAGCGAUCCCCCCCCGUCGCCAAUACAGGGGACCAUCCCCCCCCCCCUCCCCCAAACCCACCCCCAGCGCUUGAUGAAGAGCGAUCCGUCGCCAAUACGGGGACAGCGCUUGAUGAAGAGCGAUCCGUCGCCAAUACGGGGACAGCGCUUGAUGAAGAGCGAUCCGUCGCCACUACGGGAGUACAGCGCUUGAUGAAGAGCGAUCCGUCGCCAAUACGGGGACAGCGCUUGAUGAAGAGCGAUCCGUCGCCAAUACGGGGACAGCGCUUGAUGAAGAGCGAUCCGUCGCCAAUACGGGGACAGCGCUUGAUGAAGAGCGAUCCGUCGCCAAUAACAGAAACAGCCUUGAUGAAGACGACUCCCCCCCCCGUCCCAAUACGGGGAACAGCGCUUGAUGAAGAGCGAUCCGUCGCCAAUACGGGGACAGCGCUUGAUGAAGAGCGAUCCGUCGCCAAUACGGGGACAGCGCUUGAUGAAGAGCGAUCCGUCGCCAAUACGGGGACAGCGCUUGAUGAAGAGCGAUCCGUCGCCAAUACGGGGACAGCGCUUGAUGAAGAGCGAUCCGUCGCCAAUACGGGGACAGCGCUUGAUGAAGAGCGAUCCGUCGCCAAUACGGGGACAGCGCUUGAUGAAGAGCGAUCCGUCGCCAAUACGGGGACAGCGCUUGAUGAAGAGCGAUCCGUCGCCAAUACGGGGACAGCGCUUGAUGAAGAGCGAUCCGUCGCCACUAGGGUAACAGCGCUUGAUGAAGAGCGAUCCGUCGCCAAUACGGGGACAGCGCUUGAUGAAGAGCGAUCCGUCGCCAAUACGGGGACAGCGCUUGAUGAAGAGCGAUCCGUCGCCAAUACGGGGACAGCACUUGAUGAAGAGCGAUCCGUCGCCAAUACGGGGACAGCGCUUGAUGAAGAGCGAUCCGUCGCCAAUACGGGGACAGCGCUUGAUGAAGAGCGAUCCGUCGCCAAUACGGGGACAGCGCUUGAUGAAGAGCGAUCCGUCGCCAAUACGGGGACAGCGCUUGAUGAAGAGCGAUCCGUCGCCAAUACGGGGACAGCACUUGAUGAAGAGCGAUCCGUCGCCAAUACGGGGACAGCGCUUGAUGAAGAGCGAUCCGUCGCCACUACGGCGCUUGAUGAAGAGCGAUCCGUCGCCAAUACGGGGACAGCGCUUGAUGAAGAGCGAUCCGUCGCCAAUACGGGGACAGCACUUGAUGAAGAGCGAUCCGUCGCCAAUACGGGGACAGCGCUUGAUGAAGAGCGAUCCGUCGCCAAUACGGGGACAGCGCUUGAUGAAGAGCGAUCCGUCGCCAAUACGGGGACAGCGCUUGAUGAAGAGCGAUCCGUCGCCAAUACGGGGACAGCGCUUGAUGAAGAGCGAUCCGUCGCCAAUACGGGGACAGCGCUUGAUGAAGAGCGAUCCGUCGCCAAUACGGGGACAGCGCUUGAUGAAGAGCGAUCCGUCGCCAAUACGGGGACAGCGCUUGAUGAAGAGCGAUCCGUCGCCAAUACGGGGACAGCGCUUGAUGAAGAGCGAUCCGUCGCCAAUACGGGGACAGCGCUUGAUGAAGAGCGAUCCGUCGCCAAUACGGGAACAGCGCUUGAUGAAGAGCGAUCCGUCGCCAAUACGGGGACAGCGCUUGAUGAAGAGCGAUCCGUCGCCAAUACGGGGACAGCGCUUGAUGAAGAGCGAUCCGUCGCCAAUACGGGGACAGCACUUGAUGAAGAGCGAUCCGUCGCCAAUCGCCCCGUCCCACUUUUCACCGAGAUGAAGAGCGAUCCGUUGCUAAUACGGGGACAGCGCUUGAUAAAGAGCGAUACGUCGCCACUACGGGACAGCGCUUGA